UUGAACCGUUGUCAAAUGUCAAAACCUGUACGUCAAAAUUGAAACCGAUAGAGAACAUAGACAAACAUUUAAUAAAAUUUGUAAAUCAAAUGGAAGCUUUUUAAACAAUAACUUGCAAUUAAUAAUAUUUACUUAAUUAGAUAUUAAAAAUAAUAUAAAUAAAAUGAGUGAGGCCACAUUUAAAAUUGGUCGUCGCGUGUUAGUACCAUCGAAAGAAUGUCGUGGAACAAUUUCAUAUGUUGGCUUUCCAACUUUUGCAUCGGGAAAAUGGAUUGGUGUUAUUUUGGAUGAACCAAAAGGAAAAAAUGAUGGUACCGUCAAAGGUCAACAAUAUUUUCAGUGCGAGGAGAAUUGUGGAAUAUUUUUGAAACAAACACAAUUAACAUUACUGGAUGAACAUGGCAAUCCCAUUGAAUCACCAGUUACGACACCGGAUGAAGGUGGUUCAACAUCAAAUGUGCCUAAACCACGAUCACGUCUCAGCAGCGCCAACACACGUAAUAAACCCCCAAACAGUUUAAUAAAUGUUAAACGGAAAGCUUCCUUGGAUCAACAAAUAAAACCUAAACCAACUACAUUAAAAUUAAAUUCCAGCUCAAGAAUAUCGUUAACUGGUAGUCGACAAUCGUUAGCUGGAAGUCGACAAUCAUUAGCUGGAAGUCGAUCACAUUUGGCAUCACCAAUGGUUGAACGUAACGAUAGCAUUAUCGAUAAUACACCAACGAUGACUUCAAGCUUAAGUGAAAUACCAAUACCGAAACGUGCGUCAUUUGUUGAAACUGGUUUUGUGGAAACAUUAAAACCACAAUUUACACCUGGGCAAUCGAUUAUUUCACCAGGAAUGUCUGCAAGUUCAACUGUUGAAGAGAAGUUUACAAAUUUACAAUAUCAACAAGAAGUCGAUAAUUUACGCUCGCAAGUGCGUGAUUUAACGGAGAAAUUAGAAACGCUAAAAAUAAAACGGGCUGAGGAUAAAGAAAAAUUAAAAGAUUAUGAUAAAACACGAUUGCAAUUAGAACAAUUGAUUGAGUUUAAAACAAAAAUUAUGGAAUCGAAAGCAAGUUUACAACGCGAAUUACAGCGUGCUAAACAAGAGGCGCGAGAAGCUAUUGAAGCACGCGAACAACAUGCUGAAGAAAUGGCUGAUUUAACAGAAACUAUUGAAAUGGCAACUUUGGAUAAAGAAAUGGCUGAAGAAAAAGCUGAAACUUUACAAAUUGAAUUGGAAACUGCACGUGAAAGAAUUGAGGAAUUAACUUUAGAUUUAGAAAUUAUGAAAACUGAAAUGCAAAAUAGAGAGAGUGGUACAAUUAAAGAGGGUGAUGUAACUAAUUCUUACGAAGUUAAACAAUUGGAACAACAAAAUGCUCGACUUCGAGAGACUUUAGUUCGAAUGCGUGAUUUGGCUGCACAUGAAAAACAUGAAUAUCAAAAAUUAAUGAAAGACAUGGAUCAGAAAAAGUCGGAAAUUGCUGAAUUGGGACGAACAAAAGAAAAGUUGAGUACUCGUGUUGAGGAAAUGGAACAACAAAUUGCUGAUUUGCAAGAGCAGGUUGACGCCGCUUUAGGUGCUGAAGAAAUGAUUGAACAGCUGGGUGAUCGAAAAAUGGCAUUAGAAGAUCGAGUAAAACAUUUAGAAGAAGAAUUAGCCGAUUUGGAAGCAUUACAAGAUAUGAAUGAACAAUUGGUUGAAAGUAAUGCCGAACUCGAACAAGACUUACGUGAAGAGCUUGAUCUAGCACAUGCUGCAACACGUGAGGCAAUUCGUGAAAAAGAAGCUGCCUACGAAAUAAUUACCGAUCGUGAGCAUACAAUUAAUAAAUUCCGUGAAUUGGUCCAAAAAUUACAGCAACAAUUACAAGAUUUACAACAUCGUUUGGAAACAGAAUCAAAUAAACCGGUCUCAGCACUUGAAGUAUUGGACUUCAAGAAAAUGUUUGCGGAAACAAAAGCACAUACUAAGGCAAUUGAUUUGGAAUUAAGACAAAUUGAGACGCAACAAGCUACAGAACAUGUUCAAUAUCUUUCCGCUUACAUGCCGGAUACAUUUAUGGCAAGAGGAGGGGAUCAUGAUGCAAUAUUGACUCUGUUGAUGUUACCACGUUUGUUAUGGAAAAGCGAAAUAUUGUUGUCACAAACACGUGAUAAAUUUCCACCAAUUGAUAAAAUUGAUCGUGAAGGGCUUAUUCGUGGACAUACAAUUGGUCAAUUUACUUUCCGAUCACGUUUGGCCUUCUUUUUACAUACUUUACAGGCUGUACUGCACAAAUAUUUGUUUGCAUUGAACACGUGUAAACCUACAACAUUACUUAAAGUCGGUGGAACAUUCCCAGAAAUGGCUGCUCAAGAGAAAUCAAUCGAUAAUUUAAUUGAUUUAUUAAAACGUGAUCAAUUAGAUGAAAAUGUACCGACAGAAGGUUUAGAACGUUGUAUUAAUUACUUUAAUACAAUGUAUCCAUUGUUGUUGAACGAUGAUGGACAAUUAAAUCAUAAUCAACUAAUAUUGGAUAGUGUAAAAGCUCUCAGUUCCGCUUUAGAUAGUAUUACUGUUGAUGCAACAGCACUACGCGCGUUAUCGCCAACAGCUCCAGAUAUUGGUGAUAUGGGUUUAUUAGCACAACAUAUCAUAACAACUGCAGAACAAUUGCAACAACAAUUGAAAUUAAUUAGACGUCGUAUACCACCCGAUACAAAUAUCACGAAUUUAGGAUUUAAAAAUGAAAUUUCUAAUAAUUUAAAUGCAUGUUGUGUACAUGCUGGUAAAGUGACACGUACGUUACAGGAGAUUAUUAAAGCUGCUAUUCAACAAAUCUUGGCUAAUGGUGAUGCUGAUAUGUCGUUAAGUCCAGCUAAAUUGAAGGAAAUUGCUGCAACUGCUAGUGACAAAAUCUACGAACAAGAUGAUUUGGGACCAGUACAAAGUUUGAAAAAUUCCUUAGCUUUAAUCUUAACCGAAUUAACUCAAAUUGGCCAAACUCUUUUGGAUAACGAAUAUGAUAUUAAUAUUGGAACACUCAACACAGAAAAGCCUACACGACCGGUCAUAUUACGAGCGCAAGCAGUGAAGAAAGAAUUAGAAGAAACGAAAACAUUAACCAGUAAAUUAGAAAAUCGUGAAGCUGAUAUUAAGGAAUUGAAGAGAGUAGCGAAACAAAAGCAUGAAGAACUGUCAGAAAUGAUAAUACGUAAAGAAUUAGCUGAAAAGAAACUUGGUAACGUUAAUAAAGAUUAUGAAUUUACCGUUGAUAAAUUACAACGUAAAUUAGACGAAGCACAAAAUGCACUUAAACGUAAGGAGAAAGAAUUCGAAGAAACAAUGGAUCACUUACAGGCUGAUAUCGAUUCACUAGAAAAUGAAAAAGGAAUGUUAAAAGAGAAAGUAGAAGUUUAUAGGAAGAAAGCACAGUUAGAAAUGACACGUAGUCCAACAAGUGGUCGAGCUGCAAUCGGUACAACACCAGCUACAAUUACUGGUUCUGGAGCAAGUUUACCCGUGGUUAUUAAAGACUCACCACUCUUAUUACAAGAAAUCAAGAGUUUAACGCACGCUUUGAAACAUGAAACACAAGAGCGUCGUAAAUAUCAAUCUGCAUUCCUUAAAGAACAAUUAAAAGCUCUACCACCAUUCCCAGUGACUAAUAAAGCGCAAGAUCAAACAUUGGAUCGCUUACAACAAGAAUUAAACGAAUUGAAGAAAGAUCUAUUGCAUACGUUAGCUACACCAAAGGUUGUCGAUUUAACGAAGCGAAAACCUGGUGAACUUCCACUAUUAAAUGCUGAUGCACCCAUUAAUCAUUUGUGGCAGGAACGUAAACGUAUAGAAGAUUUAACUGUACGAGCGAAUAAUAUAUUUAAUAAAAUUGUUAGUGAAAAAGUGAAACGGAAAAAUGGUGGAAAGAUUGAAGCUGAUUUUACCGAAUUUCCAUCAAAUGAAAUGUCGAAGGCACUAAAUGAAACAAAACCAAUAUCAGUAGCAGAAAUAAUUAUUCCAAUACAUAAAGUUGAUUUAAUUCAACCAAAAUCAGCGGUUGUGCCUUUGCUCGUUACUCCUCAACAAUUACAUACAAUCCAAAAACAAUUUGAAGUUUAAAAAAUAAUUUUAUUUAGCGCUUUUUUAAACAAUAUUUCAUAUAUCAAUUAAAUUGAUCUAUGACUGAAUUAUAUUUAUAGCUAAUGAAAUUAUUAACAUACAAAAAAUUGAAAAAUCCUAGAUUUAUAAUGUGUAUCUGGAAAUAUUUUUUUAAAACUAAAUUCGAAAUUUUAAUUCUAAUUGAUAUUUUUGCAUACGUUUUUAAUUAUUCAUCGAAGAAUACAAAAGACAUUUGAAACUGAUUUUUGGAAGUUGUGGCCGUUUUAAAGGGAUAUUAAAGGGAACAACUAUUUUUUAACUUCUAUAUAAUCAACUAAAUUUUACUUUCUGUAAAUUUUGCACCCCCAUGUAUUACCAAUUUGUUUUUUACCACAGAAAAAAAUAUUUAACGGAUAUAAAUAUAACUAGAGAGAACGGGGUCGUUUUUACCGUGCCGUUCAAACCCAUUUAUAAACUCUUUAAUUAUUAUUCAAUAAUUAAAUACAAUAAAAUUUGGCAGCUAAUGUCUACAUAUAACAAGUGCUGUGUUGUGCUGAUUGAUAAUUCUUUUAAAUUUUUGUAGUCCCUGUCAAAUUUUCGAAAAAUUAACCAUGAAGUUAAACAAAAUGAUUUAAAAUAUUAGGUAGCAGCAGGCACUGUUACGCUUUUUCAAGUUUUAUUAUAUGAAAAUCAAAGAACUGUAUCCUGAGCAGAAAUUAUUUUAUUAAAUUUCAAAAAUUUCGGUGGUCUAAGCCAAACGAACAGUGUUUGGAAAAUUUUGAAAUAUGAACCGAUUAGAAAACUCAUGUUUCGAAAUUUGAUAUAGUGACUCAAAAUGUCAAUUAGCAGGUCAUUUUUAUGCCUUUUCAAUUGUUAUUGUAAGAAAAUCGGAUAAUAGUAACCUGUGAAGACAUUUUGAAUCAUUUUCGCAAAUUUGAAAUCUUUCUGUUACUUCAAGUUACAUUUUAUUACAUUAUUAUUACGUUUCUUCAAGUUUAUUUUACAGAAUAUCGUAUGAUGCCACGAAAAAAUCGGAAAUAGAAACAGAGAAAAAUGAUUUAACUUUCUUAUGUUAGUAAUAGUUCUUCUAUCAAAUCCUUUCGUCAAUGGAGUUACAAUUAGUUAUUACUGUGAAUAAUAGCUUGUAAAAAAGACAGCUUUUGGUUUCUUAAAAGUUAAAGAGCGUUGUGGGAACCAGAUUUAAGUGCACAUGUAUAGAGCAAAGUUCUCUAGCAUAAGGCAUGGCAUGUGAAAUUAUAAACCCCGUUAUUGCAUAAUGAAAUGUGCGAAUAUUAAAGGGGGGGGGGAGGUCGCCUAACUGAUGACAAGCAUAAUCUGAAGUUUUCUAAUUUACAAACUGGCGGAAUUCUUCGCUUAAAAAGGGCUAAAUAUUCUCUUAGGAAAAAAUUUAAAAACAAAUUUUAAAAAUAUCGAUUAGAAUUGAAUAAUUUUUUUACGAAUUCAUCAAUUCAUCAAAGCACAACAUUCAUGAUCUAAGGAGUUAAAAUUAAUUCGAUUUAAUUAAUUUGUUC